UGACCGUAACUUUGGAAAAUUAUCUCGUCGCUAUAGAAACGAAAUAAACAGGCAUUUAUUUAAUAAUAUAAUUCUUACGUACCACGGAGUGCGUACGUAAUGUUUCAAACUUGUAAUUCCCGGCAUAAUUUCUAAGUUUGAGCGAAGUAAUAUGAAUCCGUAAGAAGUAUGCUGUAAAUAAGUAUGAAAACAUAGGCUAAUAGUAAAUUAUAUUUAUGUAGCUGAAAUAUUCUUUUUAAAAUUAGUACUUUUUGAUAGUUUGCCAUAUCAAGGCUUAAAUUAGAGAUUCACACAGCUUAGUAUUAACGAUGGAUGACGAAGAGAAAGCGGUGGAUGAAUUAGAUGAUGAAAAAGAACCUGAUCAAAAAUGACUGAUUGCUGUUUUAUGGACUUCUUUGUGCAUUACCAUUUUGAAGAAGGCUUUUGUCUGUGCAUUAACUUCACAAAAAUUUUGAAUCUUGAAAAAGGGUAUCCUAUUGUGUACCUCGUUUCUCUGAAAAGUUACUACCGAGUUCACGAAUGCUUUAUAAUAAGCUUACAGGUAUUUCUGGGAUACCACGACCACUAUCUCAUUCUGUUUCACGCCCAGCUCCAUCAGCUCGGGUUCGAGCAUUAGGAAAAGAUGAUCUUGAUGAUGUAGAUCAGAACAGUGAAGAUGAAGAGGAAGAGGAAGAUGAAGAGGAGGAGGAUGAAGAUCAGGGUAUUCAAGUUGAAGGUGCACGCUUAUUUAGAACUGUAAUGCACCGACCAACUAGUAGAAGAAAGCAAUCUCGAUUUUUUCUAAAGAGGAAAAGACUUCUACCAAGAAGAAUAACUAAUUCGAGGAAUUCCAGAAGUCCUGGAAGUGGUAGCUUAUCCUUGUCAGAUUAUAGUUCACAUGAUGGAAAUUCAGAUGAGGAUACUCAAAACAAGGUGCAAGAAUUCAGAGAUCUUUGUUACUUUGAGUUACCAUACAGUUCUAAGAGGGCAUAUGAUCCUGCUGACUUUGAACAUCUUCAAGUUUCAAAUGAAAUGAAAGAAUUAUUCCAGUAUAUAACAAGGUUUGUUUUUCACAUAAUUUUAAAGAAAUAACAAAUUGUGGACAAAAUAUGUGACACAGCAUUUUAAAAUUUCAUUUAGGUCUAUCCUCAGAAAUUGA